AUGCCUGAGCCUCAUCACUUCAGUGACUAUGGCUUUGACCCUCAAAUCGAUUAUUUUCAGGUUUUGGAAGAAGCAAGGAAGCACAAGAGAGAAGCAUCAAGAUCCAUAGAUACAAUACACUUCAAGCUGCAAAAACCCACCUCGAGAGACGAGUCCUCCAAGAAGAUCAAGAAACGUUGGUGGAAGAACGCUCUGCUCUUCUUUAAGCUGAAAUGGACCCACCAUGACAACAAACCCAGCUCUGGUUUCAACAACAAUGGGGUCCACUGUGGACGCUCCAUCAGAGGAUCAAUCUCAGGCCCUAUGUACGUCACUGAGAGCAGAAGUGGGUCAAGCACACCUUACCGUACUACUAGCCGGCCAUCAUCCGGCCCACUCGCCGGAACUCUGACUCCGGCGACGAAGGGGGAGGUGGAGAUUCCGUACAUCAACCUCAGGGAACUCAACAUGGACCAGCAACAACUACAUCACCGGAUCUCCACCUCGGCCAUGCCUAUCUAUUUGGUCACGUGA